UUUUUGAGCUGUUGUUUCGUGUGUUGACCAAUAAAUUUUUCGUACGCAGCAUAUUUUUUUUUGAAACUUCUCAAUUACAAAACCACAAAAUACGUGUUUAAUACGCAUAUUUUGCUUGCGCAGCUGUCAACGCGAACUAUUUUGGCAGAUGCACGUAACAACAAUAAUUGCAACUGGCGCAAAACACACAUAGUCGUUGUUUAAACGAGACGGAUAGAAAAACAGGCAAAAAGGCAAUUGUGCGACCGACCGACACACAUACAAAUACACAACACUGAAACGUGAAUGUGAAAGCGAAUCCGCGGCAAGGAAGUGCAACAACGAUACUGCUGCAACAACAAAAAUCAAAAACAGAUGUUGUUCUAAACAACAUAAAGCGCUCUUCUCUCUUUUUUAAUGCUAAUUGUACACAAACACACAGUUACAUAGAAAAGUGCAAGUUGUGUAAACAAUUGCUGUCGGCAACAACAAAACAUCAAAAGCAACAGCAUUAGAAGAAGUAACUUUUGCAUUUGGCAAGUCACUUACUCCGAUCCAAACGAUAGUACAUAAAAUAGUACAAUAAUAAUUAUAAUAGCUAAUACUUGAGCUAUUUGUUGUAAAUAUAAUCAUACACAUUGGAAGCUAAUACGAGCUGCAGCAAUUAAAAAUGGCCGCUGCCAACGCCGCCGUAGUAAAUGCAGUCAACGAUUGCUUCAGUAUCGGAUCCACAGUGCUCUGUACGACCUGUUUCAAGGAUGAAGUCGAGGGGGAGGUGCUUGCGUUUGAUCAUAACACAAAAAUGCUUAUAUUAAAGUGCAAAUCGAAAACUGCAGAGGAACUGAGUGAUGUUUAUGUGAUGAAUCUAUCGCUGUGCAGUAACGUACAGGUACUCAAGGAAUGCAAUGGCAAUUUCAUUGAGGAUCCGCAAAAACUGAACCUGGAACAGCUGGAUCUUUCGCAGGUUAAAAUGCGCCUACGCAAAACAGUUGAGAAACGUCAAGAUUAUCUCAAAUCCAAAAAUUCUGAUGUGAGUCCAGAAGCACAAGAACUUUAUAGAGCGAUAGCCAAACAGCUUGGGUACCACGAAGUGUCUUGGCAAGGACGCAAUAUACAAAUCUUAAACGAAGUUACCGUCUCGCCGCCAUAUCGCGUGGAUAAUGUUGUCUCCAGCUCGGACAACGAUACUUCGUGUAACUACAUAAAACGAAUUAUCAAACAGUUCUUUAACACGAGGCCAGUGCCUUCUCAGGAAAAUACGCAUGGUUCGGCUUCGGCCAGUACAUCGUCGGCUUCAGUGUCGCCAACGUCUUCGUCAAUAUCGUCAAGUAAUGCUGCUUCAGGAUCACCCGUUCCCGCUAUUUAAAAAAUAAAAACAAAUGCAUAUUUGCUGCAGAAAUGAAAGAUGCUUGUUUUCAUUUUAAGGUUUAGCUAUUACAUCAGCUGGAGGGAUGC